AUGGUAUCUCCCCCUAGAGGCAUUAUUGCCAUUUCUCCUGGGGAUAGGAUAGCUCAAUUGCUUCUUUUAUCUAGCUGUCAUUCUCAAUUUCCUGUAAAAGAUUCAAAAAGAGGGGACAAGGGCUUCGACUCAACAGGGACUUCUAAUGUUUUUUGCUCUUUGGAUCUUGAUACCCGAUCUUUAUUAAAGCUUUCUAUUGAAGGAAAGUCCAUGUCUGGCCUCCUAGAUACAGGUGCUGAUCGUAGUAUCAUCAGUACCAAGGAUUGGCCCGCUGGUUGGCCCAGGCAAAAGUCAGAGCAGACUUUAAGAGGACUGGGAUAUGCUCAAAUGCCAGAAAUGAGCUCUCACCUCCUACAUUGGAGGGAUGGAGAGGGACAUUCUGGCCAGUUUCACCCAUAUGUAUUGGCAGUUCCAAUGUCUUUAUGGGGUCAUGAUCUGCUGAAGGAGAUGGGCUUUAUUUUAACUAAUGAAGGAAGCUACAGCACCAAGGCCCGGGAUAUCAUGUUGGAUAUGGGCUAUGUCCCCAGAAAAGGGCUAGGUUGCUCUUUACAAGGAAGAGGCUCCCCAGUGCUGGUCCACAGAAAGAAUGAUCGUGCUGGGUUGGGUUUUUCCUUGGGGCACUGA